CGUAGAUGCUCUUAGAAACUUUUUCUCCAGCGAUAUCGUGGAAGUCUUGAGUCCAAACUUUUUCUUGACACCAAACUAUUUCUAAGAAUAUCAAAUUAGUUAAAAGGUUACGUUAUGCACUUUAAUGCUUAAGACCCAAUCCAUUUCCCUCAACCAAUCAUAAAUCUCCACGUAUGUGGUCACCUUCUUCGAUAGCUCAUUCAUACAUAUCCGACGGGCUUAUUAAUGUCAUCGAGACGAUAAUCUCCCAAAUGUCAUCUCCUUCAUCUCUCAGGUAAAAAAACUGAGUCGAGAUUUGGUGACGUGAUGAAUCAUUUGGUGAUAAUCUCUGUGUUCUUGAGCUCAGUAUUGUUGUUAUAUAGAGGAGAAUCUGGAAUCACAAGUAGUUUUAUUCGAUCUGAAUGGCCUGCGGUUGAUAUACCACUUGAUCAUCAUGUUUUCAAAGUCCCAAAAGGAUAUAAUGCACCACAACAAGUACACAUAACUCAAGGUGAUUAUGAUGGUAAAGCUGUUAUCAUCUCUUGGGUUACACCUGAUGAACCUGGUUCUAGCCAAGUACAUUACGGUGCGGUUCAGGGGAAAUAUGAGUUUGUUGCUCAAGGGACUUACCAUAACUACACGUUUUACAAGUAUAAGUCUGGCUUUAUUCAUCACUGCCUUGUCUCUGACCUUGAGCAUGAUACAAAAUACUAUUACAAGAUUGAAAGCGGUGAAUCUUCUCGAGAGUUUUGGUUUGUUACACCACCACAUGUACAUCCAGAUGCUUCCUACAAGUUUGGUAUUAUAGGCGAUAUGGGUCAGACAUUCAACUCGUUAUCCACGUUGGAACAUUACAUGGAGAGUGGAGCUCAGGCUGUUUUAUUUCUUGGAGAUCUUUCUUAUGCUGAUAGAUAUCAGUAUAAUGACGUUGGUGUGAGAUGGGAUAGCUGGGGUCGUUUUGUGGAGCGUAGUACCGCUUAUCAACCGUGGCUUUGGUCUGCAGGAAAUCAUGAAGUAGAUUACAUGCCAUACAUGGGGGAGGUGACACCUUUCAGGAAUUACCUUCAGCGUUACACUACGCCUUACUUAGCCUCAAAAAGUAGCAGUCCUCUUUGGUACGCUGUUAGGCGUGCAUCUGCUCAUAUCAUUGUCCUCUCCAGCUAUUCGCCUUUUGUGAAGUAUACCCCGCAAUGGCACUGGCUUAGUGAAGAGCUUACAAGAGUUGAUAGGGAGAAAACACCUUGGCUAAUUGUUUUGAUGCACGUCCCAAUAUACAACAGUAAUGAAGCACAUUUCAUGGAGGGUGAAAGCAUGCGAGCAGCUUUUGAGGAGUGGUUUGUCCAACACAAAGUUGAUGUAAUCUUUGCUGGGCAUGUUCAUGCCUACGAGAGAUCGUACCGAAUAUCAAAUGUGCGGUAUAACGUGUCAAGCGGAGAUCGUUACCCAGUUCCAGAUAAGUCAGCGCCUGUUUAUAUCACAGUUGGAGACGGAGGAAAUCAAGAAGGUCUGGCUGGAAGGUUUACGGAACCACAGCCAGAUUAUUCUGCAUUUCGGGAAGCUAGCUAUGGCCACUCUACUCUGGAUAUAAAGAACCGAACACACGCUAUAUACCACUGGAACCGCAAUGAUGAUGGGAAGAAAGUGGCAACGGAUGAAUUUGUAUUACACAACCAGUACUGGGGAAAGAACAUUCGACGGAGAAAGCUUAAGAAGCAUUAUAUCAGGAGUGUUGUUGGUGGCUGGAUCGCCACUUAAUUCACUAAGUCUGCCUCAUGCUUUGUAUCAAAGUGUGUGAGGAUAUUCUUUUAACUCGGAACUUAUUACUUAAUUUGAUGUUAAAUCUCUUUCCCGCUUAAGUUUUCAGCAAUCUGGAAUAUGAAGGGAAUUAUGUAUUCUUAUCAGUCUUUUGAUGAAGUGAGGUCUACUUCUGGGAUUAUGGAUUUGGUGAAUAAUGUAUUCCUUAGAACGGUGUUAAGGAAUUGUUUCACAUGGGUGUGAAUUGAGAAGUCCAUUUGUGUUUAUUACAUGGAGAUUUGUCCAAAGAAAUAUAAUAAAACUCUUUGCGAGGUUUCAAACAUCUGAUCCAGCUAAAGUGGGUCGACUAGUUCACAUCGACUCUUGUAUGGUUUGGGUUUGUUCAAUCAUAUGUCGAUUGUUCGCUCUUCACUUUAGUACGGGAUGGGGUGUGCCUAUAAGUUAGGGAAGGCUAUUUGACCAGUUGCUUCGGAAGAUAGAGGCUUUGUGGAAUACGGAUUGAACAAAAUUAUUACCUCUUCUCCGAUACUAGCUCUCUGUACACCGAUCCAGGACACUGACGAUUACGAGUCAAGAGUAAUGAUAUGCGGUUCAUGUAAUAUCACAGUUUAUGGAUGAGUUGCACUUAGUACAUUGGAAAGCAUCAUUUCAUAUAUUUUGAUACAUCAAUUGCUGCCUAGGUUUAGGUACCAUGUUGAAAAGCUGAGUGUGUAUAUUGUUCUUAUAGUGACUUAUCUUAUGCUGCAUGUCCCGGUACAUCACCAUCUUUAAGUGUGUAUGUUGUGUUUAUGGCGAGUCACCCAUUUUCACGAGAAUGAUAAGCAAUAACUUAUAACUGUCUCGUAUUCG